UGUCAAAUUAUGUCAAUUGUAAGUUGCGCAAUAUAUUGUUCCUCGUAAUUUAAAUUUUUGUGAAUAAUAAUUUACUAAAUUAAAGUCAAGAUGCAGAAUAUGGUACCGGUUAAGAUGCACCAAAUCGUAAAACCACUAUGUUGGUUAAUAGGAACGUGGAAAUCGGUGACUGCCAAAAGCGAUUAUCCCAGUAAAAAUAUUCACGGCCGUCCCUUCAACGAAAUAAUAUCGUUCAAAUCCUUGGGACAACCACAAUUGAAAUUUGAUGCAUUAAGUUGGCAUCCCAGAACUUUGUUACCGAUACACAUACAAAAUGGUUAUUUAUAUAUUGAUGAACAUGGAAAAAAUGUCGUUCUAGUUGCAACUCACAGUGUUGGAUAUGCUAUAGUUGAAGUUGGAACCGUUCACGAAUGCAGUCUGAAACUCGAAAGUCAUAUUAUCGGACAUGCUGAUUUGUCUCCCUGUAGGGUAACUCAAUUCAGAAGAUCUUUUUAUUUAAACGAAAGUGGCCAGUUGGUUUAUAAAAUGAUGCUACACACUGAAAACGAGCAAAACUUAUUCAAUCAUCUACGAGUCAUUUACGAGAGAGAUCCUCUAUGUCAACGUCCACCUAGUUUUUAAUAUAUAUGAUUUUAUUUUUUAAAUAUAUUUCAAUUAAUAAAUUCCUGUGAACAUUG